AUAUUACAAUUACUUCUUAUGAUUAAAUCUUAUAGAAUUUCUAGAACGUUCUAGUAAAUUACUGAAAUUUGACAUUCACAUAUCGAAGUUCAUGAAUUAUCUAUAUGACAGAAACGAAUUAUGCCAAUAUAACCCUUAAUAUAUUAUUUUUAUUAGGUACCGAAUGGGGUAUUCAAUGAAGUAAAUACACAAAAGAAAAUAAACUGAAUUAACCAAGUAUAUUUAUCUUCAAAACGAUGGCUUGGAGAUCUCAUGGUCGAAAUCAAGCAGAAUUAGUGCAAAAACUGCGAGCAAAUGGAAUAAUAAAAAAUCGUUCAGUUGAAGAAGCAAUGCUUGAAACGGAUCGAAAAUAUUAUACUCCAAUCAAUCCAUAUAUGGAUUCUCCACAAGGGAUUGGAUUUGGUGUAACAAUUAGUGCCCCACAUAUGCACGCACAUGCACUAGAAUUAUUAUCUAAUCAAUUGACUGAAGGCGCAACAGCUUUGGAUGUAGGUUCUGGUAGUGGUUAUUUAACAAUGUGUAUGGCUUUAAUGGUAGGUGAAACUGGUCGAGUUGUUGGUAUUGAUCAUAUCCCGGAGUUAGUUAAUUUUGCAAAAUCGAAUAUUGAAAAACAUAAACCGGGAUUUUUAAAAGAUAAUCGAAUCGAAUUUGUUGUUGGCGAUGGUCGAGAAGGGUAUCCACAAGGAGGUCCAUAUGAUGCAAUCCAUGUUGGAGCCGCUGCGCCUACUUUACCCCAAGCGCUAGUAGAUCAAUUAAAACCAGGAGGUCGUUUAAUAAUUCCUGUGGGACCUAGCGGUGGAGAUCAACAGUUGGAACAAAUUGAUAAACUUGAAGAUGGUAAAACAGUUCGAAAAUCUUUAAUGGGUGUAAUGUUUGUGCCUCUAACAAAUAAAACAGAUCAAAUAGAGUUAUGAAGGGUAUCAGAAAUUGGCUUAAGAAACUGAAUAAAUAAGAUAAAAAAUAAUACAAAUUUGUGAUUAAAAAAUAAAUU